GAACGACAUCGUCAAAGAGAAGAAGACGGACGACGGGCAGGGAGAGAAGACGAAGGAGGCGGAGCCGUCCAAGCCGCCGCCGCCGCCGGUGGCGAAAUCGGACGCCGACCUCUUCUUCACUCAACUGAUGGGCCAGCGGCGCAUCUUCCUCAACGGCCGCGUGGACGACAAGUCCGCGCACUCGCUCGUGGGAAAGAUGUUGUUCUUAGACGCGGUGGAUCCGGAGACGCCGAUCGUGUUGUACGUCAACAGCGGCGGCGGCGUGGUGACCUCCGGGCUCGCCAUCUACGACGUGAUGCAGCACGUCCGCCCGCCGGUGUACACGGUGUGCAUCGGCCACGCCGAGAGCAUGGCCGCGGUGCUCCUGUGCGCGGGGGAGAAGGGCCAUCGAUACGUGUUACCGAACGCCAGGGUGAUGGUCCACCAGCCGCACCACGUCAUAAGCGGGCAGACCACGGAUAUAUUGAUCAAAGCGACCAAGGCUGAGCACACGCGGACGACGCUGAGGGAUAUCAUAGCGAAGCACAGCGGUCGGAGCGCGGGGGAGGUGAUCGGCGUGUUGGAACGCGACACGUACAUGACCGCGGCGGAGGCGGUGACGUUCGGGUUGGCGGACGAGGUGAUCACGCACAUCGGGGAGCUGGGGGUGCCGACUAAGGUGCCGAGCGGCGACGGGGGCGGGGGCGGGGAGAAGGCGUCGAACGGGGGGGAGUGAUGAGAGCGACGCGCGAGGGAUUAGAAGCGAACCUAUUAAUGGAUGUUUUACCUGUUCCUA